UUCUUCCCAAAAUUAUCAACUCUCAUUUACAAACUCCUACUGUGAUUGAUGAGGAUAAUUAUGGUGAUUUUACUGAAGUUUGUAAAACUCUUUUUGGCAAUCGUUUUAAAUUCCUCUCUCAUCUACUUCAUUCUGCUUUCUCAAAAUUUGGGUCAAGAUGAAUUAGAACAUCUUCACACUCCACUUGGCAUGAUAAUUCUUUCUCAAAAUUUUCUAAAAGCUCCUCAUGUCCAAGAUCUUCCGUGGAAUGGAGAUAAUUUCCUCUCAAGUGAAUCAGGUCAAAAUAAUCUUGGUACUGAAGGUGUUGCUCCUCAUGCUGACAACACUCCUGACAUUCUUGUUUCUGUUCCUAGAGAUCUUUUGUUACAACAGCUUACUCAAUCUCUAGAUCAGAAUACUUAUCACCACUCCAUGGUGGAAAUGCUCCAAAAAGCUCUUUCUGAUCAAAAAGGGGGAGAAAAAGCUAGUCAUGAAGUUGAAGCAGGAACAUCUCAUCCUUUGGAUGCCAGAGGCAGAGAGCAAGGUGUUAAUGAAGAAUGAGCAAAGAAAAAGGAUGAAGCUCAAGGAGCAGAGGAAAGCAGUGGAUCCAGUGCUAGUGAUGGAGGAGCAGCAGCUGACACUGAGGAGACUUUGGAUAUUCUGCUCUAAAGUUAUUUUUCUGAACAAUAUUUGUUUUUGUUCAGUUUGUUAUUUUCCUCUGAACUUUUAUGUUAAUGUUGGUUGUCAAAUUCAGGGGGAGUUCAAGCAAUGACUCAGGGGGAGUUAAGCUAAAAUUUAGUUUUGAUCAGAAAGUUAAAAAGGGGGAGUUUGAAACACGUACAUUUUGUUUUUUAACUUUCUUAUUAUUAAAACUAAAUUUUAGUUAAUGGGUUAAGUAUAUGGCUUAGUGGGCUUAGUGGGUUAAAUUGUGAAUAUUAUUUUAACUACCCAACUAACCCACUAACCCAUGUUCUUGAGUGCUCUUGUAGUUGGUUUUCUUGCAGAUCAUGGGCUGAGGAGUGGAUGCUUGGAAUGCCUAUAAAUACGACUUCAAUACUCAAGGAAUUGAUCGAUUCUACGAAAUAAAAACCAAGGGCUGAAGAGAAUACACGAGUGUUUUAGUUAGGUUUUAGAAUCGGUUGUUUGUACUCUUCGUGAGUACAUUCUUUACGUACUUCUCAUAAGUACAUUCUUUGUAGUCUAGAUUGUUUAGUAUAUAUGUUUCUA